AAAAGCCAGGACAACAUGGAAAUCCUAAGCAAUUUGACAUCUAAAUUUCCAACCUUCUUGCUUACCGGCAUUCCUGGUCUAGAGUCUGUCCAUGCCUGGAUGUCCAUUCCCUUCUGUUGUCUUUAUGCCAUUGCCCUCUCUGGGAACAGCAUGAUCCUGUUUGUCGUCAUUACCCAGCAGAGUCUCCAUGAACCCAUGUACUAUUUCCUCUCCAUGCUGUCAGCCACUGAUCUGGGUCUGACUAUUUCUACAAUGUCAACAACACUAGGUAUACUGUGGUUUGAUGCACGUGAAAUCAGUCUAGAUAGCUGCAUUGUCCAGAUGUUUUUUCUUCAUGGAUUCACUUUCCUGGAAUCUGGAGUGCUUGUGGCCAUGGCCUUUGACCGCUAUGUGGCAAUCUGUGAUCCUCUGAGGUACUCUGCCACUCUCAAUAAUUCCAGGAUCAUCCAGAUGGGCAUCGUAAUGAUUUUACGUACUGUGGUACUAAUAGUUCCAUUGCUCUUGCUGCUUAAGCCUCUCUAUUUCUGCAGAAUGAAUGUCCUGUCCCACUCCUACUGUUACCAUCCAGAUGUGAUUAAAUUAGCAUGUUCAGACAUUCGGGCUAACAGCAUCUGUGGGUUAAUUGAUCUGAUCCUGACCACAGGGAUAGAUACACCAUGCAUUGUUCUGUCUUAUAUCUUAAUUAUUCACUCUGUCCUCAGUAUUGCCUCGCCUGAAGAACGGCAUAAGGUCUUCAGCACCUGUGUCUCCCACAUUGGAGCAGUUGCUAUUUUCUAUAUCCCCAUGUUGAGCUUGUCCUUGGUACAUCGCUACGGUCGGUCAGCCCCCAAAGUGGUCCAUUCAAUGAUGGCCAAUGUGUACCUGCUUUUGCCCCCUGUGCUCAACCCCAUCAUCUAUAGUGUAAAAACAAAACAGAUCCGUAAGGCUAUCCUCAAUCUGCUCCUUACAAAAUAA